AUGUCUGAGCUCGAUACCAAGUCCACCACGUCCGGCAAGUCGUCCACAUCCACCAGUCGGUUGAAGAAGUUGACCAGCGGAUCCACCUGGGUGUCUCCAUUCCGUACGUCCAGUAACGGCUCGUCUGGCGGCAAAGACAAGGUCAACCUUGUGAAGAAGUAUAAGCAGUCCAACGACAUUGACCAGAUCAAGGUGCCUAAGAAGUUUGCCACUCAUCCUACGUUGGAGGCUGAAAAGAAGCAGGAGGCUGAGAAGAAGGAGCAGGCUGAAAAGGACCAGAAGUCCGCUUCCAACGCCUCUGUCAAGACCUUGGAGAGCGUGCCUGUCGAGGAGUCUGCCACCGUAGACGAGAAAACUUCGUCUGCUGCCGAAGUCGCAAAGGAAACCGAGACUGACGCUAAAGAAACCGAGACUGAUGCUAAAGAAACCGAGGCGGAAGCUGAAAAAACCGAAGCCGAGACUGAAGUAGCAGCUAAAACUGAAGCUGAAGCUGAAUCCGAAGCUGCUGAAGCCGCUGCCGAGACUGACUCUGGCGCCGCUGCAGUCACUGAUACCAAGGUCGAGACUAACGAAGAAAUUGAGACUUCUAAGGAUUCUGCUGCCCCAGUCGAGGCCGACAACACCGACAACAUCGAGGAACAGGUCAAGGAAAACCCACUUGAAAUCGUCACCCAACCAGAGACCAAGUACGAGCCAGUCGAGCUUCCUAACCAGGCUACCUUGGACUCCCUCAAGGACAAACCUAUCUUGUUGAACCGUUAUAAUGAGCUUAAUGCUGCUGCUCUUGGUUCUGUCGACCGUACCUUGGAUGACCCUAACAAGAUCAUUGACUUGGGUUCCGGCUUGAAAAUGACCCAACAACAAUUACUCGACAUUGCUGCGAAGAGAGUUGCCCCAGUCUUGGCCACCCUCAACGAGGAAGUCCAAAAAACUAGAACCGAGGAUGAUAUCAAGAAGCAACAAGAGCUCGAUUCCAAGGUGAAGUCGCAUGAAGGAAAGUUACAAGCUGACUUUGACAAAUACGCCAAGAAAGUAGGCAAGAAGAAGGAAAAGUUUACUCAGGAAAUCGCUGCCAAGUUGAGCGAAUUGACCAGAAGAAAGAAGACCGCCACCACCAAUGCCACUGAGUUCGAAAAGACAACCAAGGAAGAAAUCGAAACUGCAAACACUGACUUCGAAGCAAGAGAGGUCAAGGCAGUUGAGAAGCACACCACUGACAAGGAAACACUCGAAAAGAACCACGAAGAGUUGGAAGCCACCAAGAAGCAAGAGUUGGAAGAUUCCAAGGCUAACCAAGAAAAGACUACCCAAGAAAUUGAGGAAUUGCACGAAAAGAAGUCUGAAUUGGCUAACCAAAAUUCUGAGCUCUCCACCAAAGUUGAGGAGUUAACUGCUGAAUUGGCUGAAGAAGAGAAGAAAUUGAGCGAGUUGAAAGAACAACAUUCCGAAAAGCAGGCUGCUAUCUUCAACAACUUGGCCACCAAGGAAGAAUUAGACAAUGGAAUUGCCCAAAGUAAGGAGCAAUUGGAAGCCAAGCAAAAGAAGCACAACAUUCUCAGUGCUGAAGUUGGAGUAUUGGCUGGUUCUGUCGCUGCAUACGCCGCUCAUUUAGGUAACUUGAAGAGCGACAAGUCUAACCGUUCAAAGAGAUUGGAUGAAUCCAAGGAAAAGUUCAGCAACUGGCAAUCCGAAAAGCAAGAAUUAGCAAAGAAGAUUGCUUUAGAAAAUGAGCAAAAGAGACUUCAAGCUACUGAAGAGUACGAGAACAGAAAGCACGAAGAAGAAUUAGAGAGACAAAGAUUGAAGGAAGAGAAGGAAAGAAAGGAGAAGGAAGAAGCUGAAGAAAAGGCUAGACUCGAAGCUGAAGAACAGGCCAGACUCGAAGCUGAGGAAAAGGCUAGACUCGAGGCUGAGGAAAAGGCAAGAGUCGAAGCUGAGGAAAAGGCUAGACUUGAAGCUGAAGAGAAGGCCAGACUUGAAGCUGAAGAGGCUGAGAGAAAGGAAAGAGAAGAAGCUGAAAGAAAGGAAAGAGAAGAAGCUGAGAGAAAAGAAAAGGAGGAAGCCGAGAGAAAGGCCAAGUUAGAAGCCGAAAGAAAGGAGAAGGAGGAAGCCGAAAGAAAGGAGAAGGAGGAAGCCGAGAGAAAGGAAAAGGAAGCUGCUGAAUUGAAGGCAAAGCAAGCUGCUGAAUUGAAGGCGAAACAAGCUGCCGAAUUGAAGGAGAAGGAAGCUGCCGAAUUGAAGGAGAAGGAAGCUGCUGAAAAGAAGCAAAAGGAAGAGCAAGAGAGAAAAGAAAAAGAAGCCAAGGAGGCUUCUAGAAAUGCCGCAGGUGCUGCCACUGCUGGUGUCGUUGGCGGCUCUGUUUUGGCUAACUCGCAAUCUAAGGGAGCUAUUCCUUCUAGCAUUGAUGCGAAGGAACCCCAAGUUGCCUCUAAGGAAGCUGUUCCUCAACACAAAGCAGCUGUUGUUGAAUCAGCAGAUGCUAAGAAUUCCUCUUCUAAGCAAGCUGCCGAUUCCCCUGUUUCAGAAUUGGCAAACAAGGAAAAGGAUGCUAGCAACAAGAAGCAUGCUACUGCUGCUGGUAUUGGUGGAGCUGGAGUUGGAUUAGGAGCUGGAGCUGCUAUUAACGGUCUUUCAUCUGGAGGAUCAUCUGGAGAUUCCAACAAGAGAUCUAACAGUAUUACUAGCAGAUUCAAGAAGCUUGGAAAGAAGAUUACUGGGGGCCUGACUUCUCCAAAGGAUUCCGAAGAUGGUUCCAAGGAAGCUACUGGUUCCUCUAAGGACAUUAAAUCCAAGGCCGCCAACCCAUCUGCUGUAAGUAUCUCCAAGCAACCCGAAGCUCUUAAGAACGAUGUGACCUCCACCCACUCUUCUGAGUACGACACCUACUCCAUUUAUGAAGAAGUCUCUGACGCUGAGUACGAAGCCAACAAGAACGAUCCUAAUUACUUGGAAAUGACUGCCGAGGAGUUGGCCAAGCAUAGAGUCAAGAUCUAG